UGUGCCCUCAGUCAAGAUGGCGGCCGCGGAAAAGCGACGCGCGGCCCCCGCGGCGGGCGGCGAAGCGGGCCGGGCGGCUCCGUCGACGAACGGCGUCCCCGAGAACGAGGCGGAGUUCCUGCUGCAGGCGGGCGUGAACGACAUGGUCCGCGAGGCCAUUCUGAAGGUGCUCGAGGCCCGGCCUGAGCAGCCCGUCGACUUCCUCGCCGGCUACUUCGAAAAGCUGAUGCAGGGCAGCCCUGAGGCGGCGGCGCCGACGGCCGCGGAGGACAACGGGGACCCCCAGCGGCAGCACCAGCUCCGGCUCGACCAGGCACUGUGGUACUUGCGCCUGGCCCAUCAGUCCCACAGUCGGAUGGCCUUCAACAACAAUGUCAGCUUGGCAUACGAAUCGCUGAGUAUCGGAGGGCGGAGGAAGAAGCCUGGUGUCAAUGGGAAGCUGUAUAGUGAGGUGCUGAGGAUGAUGUGCCAAGACAGAGGUGCCUCGGAAGAGACCGUCCUGCCGUUCCUACGGAAGAUCAUGUGCCGAGACCAUGAGGCAGUGCCCUUCGAGGUCUUCCGCUAUGGGGCACUUACCUGCCUGGUCCUCCUAGAGUUCUUGACCAAGGCGGACGCCUUGUACGACACGCUGGAUGAUGGAUCCGGUGCGGCAGACAAAAGGGUGUGCAUGGCGGUCCUUAGCACCCUGGAGGAAGCGCUCCGUGCCAGUGAUGUCUCCGUCCCCAUCCGUUAUUUGGAAGCCGGAUCCAAGCUCGGGCCGGACUGCUUGGCGUUGGCCAUGGACAAAGCAUUGACCGAGAGGAAGGUCAGCAUGGCCAUGAAGAAAGACGAGUUCCUCAAGAGAGCUUCGGCCAUCUUUGCGGCAAAGGUGAAAUCCAUUGGCUGAGUUUCCAUAGGGAUUUGUACUUGCUUUAUCCGUGUCCCUGACUGGCAACUGGUUUUAUCUGGAUACAGAAGAAGAGGACACUUCCUUGUGUUUCCGCAAUGAGGAGCCGGGAGAGGAGUACAGAUGGAGCAACACAGGGUCCACAUUCUCUGUUGUAUUCUAUAGGAUUCCUCUGAUGUAAAUGAUGUUGCACUACUGAAGCUGACUGGACUGAAUCUUGUUAUGAAGCUGACUAGACUGAGUCUUGUUAAGCAGAUUUUAUGACCAAUUCUGGGUAGGUUUUGAUGAUCCUGAGCUAUUUAAAUCUGAUAACUCUUACUGUGAAUUCUCUCUCUUUUUUUUAAACAGCGGGCAAAGUACGCACACCCCUCUCACUUGUGCACUAAAAUCUCCCUUUCGCUGGAAAUCACUACUUGUAGUCCUUGUAUUAUUAAAGGGUGUGAAGAAGUCA